AUGGUGGUGUUCUGUUAUUGCUCUGUUUUCUCUGUUUUUCUGGUAUAUCUUUACUUUUAUCUAGAAGGAACGAUCAAGACAAGCCGCAACAUUGUUGAACUCAUCAUCACCUUCUUCACCUUUACCGCCGAUGCCUCUGCUCGGUGCAGUGCUUUAAGGUCAGCUCGGGCUCAUGCUGCUUUGCUCGGAGAACAUCCGCAGAGGACUGACCAGGAGCAGCUCGGGUCACUGGACUCACUGCAUGUAAUGCCUUACGUAAUGCAUGUGAAGUUCGGUUUAAGUCCGGUCGGCUCAGUCCGGAGUACAAACCAGCAGAUAGUCCGGCGUUCUCGAAUGUGA